GGAGCGGGGCCGGCGUCGCGGCCGCUACUGCUGGCCGAACUGCUGCCGCCGCCGGGCGGACGGGCGGACGCGCAAAGCCGGGGGGCGGGCGCGGCGGGGCGGACCGGCCCCGAUGAGGCGCAAAGAGAAGCGGCUCUUGCAGGCGGUGGCUCUGGCUCUGGCGGCCCUCGUCCUGCUGCCCAACGUGGGGCUUUGGGCUCUGUACCGCGAGCGGCAGCCCGACGGCAGCCCUGGGGGAUUGGGGGCAGCGGUGGCCCCCGCGGCGGUUCAGGAAUUACACAGUCGACAAAAAAAGACAUUUUUCUUGGGAGCUGAACAAAGGCUGAAGGACUGGCAUAAAAAGGAGGCUAUCAGGAGGGACGCACAGCGCGUAGGAUAUGGAGAACAGGGGAAGCCUUACCCCAUGACCGAUGCCGAGAGAGUGGACCAGGCGUACCGGGAAAAUGGAUUUAACAUCUACGUCAGUGAUAAAAUCUCCCUGAAUCGCUCUCUCCCCGAUAUCCGGCACCCAAACUGUAACAGCAAGCUCUACCUGGAGACGCUCCCCAACACCAGCAUCAUCAUCCCCUUCCACAAUGAGGGCUGGUCCUCACUGCUGCGCACGGUUCACAGCGUGCUCAACCGCUCGCCCCCAGAGCUCGUAGCGGAGAUUGUGUUGGUCGAUGACUUCAGUGAUCGAGAGCACCUGAAGAAGCCGCUGGAGGACUACAUGGCCCUUUUCCCCAGCGUAAGGAUUCUCCGGACCAAGAAACGGGAAGGCCUGAUAAGGACCCGAAUGCUGGGGGCAUCAGCCGCCACCGGAGAUGUCAUCACGUUCUUAGAUUCACACUGUGAAGCCAACGUCAACUGGCUCCCCCCUUUGCUUGACCGCAUUGCUCGGAACCGGAAGACCAUCGUGUGCCCAAUGAUCGAUGUCAUCGACCACGAUGACUUCCGGUAUGAGACUCAGGCUGGGGACGCCAUGCGUGGUGCCUUUGACUGGGAAAUGUAUUACAAACGGAUCCCAAUCCCUCCAGAGCUGCAGAAGGCUGACCCCAGUGACCCAUUUGAGUCUCCCGUGAUGGCUGGAGGGUUGUUCGCUGUGGACCGGAAGUGGUUCUGGGAGUUGGGCGGCUACGACCCUGGCUUGGAGAUCUGGGGAGGAGAGCAGUAUGAAAUCUCCUUCAAGGUGUGGAUGUGUGGGGGCCGAAUGGAGGACAUCCCCUGCUCCAGAGUGGGCCACAUCUACAGGAAGUAUGUGCCCUACAAGGUCCCUGCUGGAGUCAGCCUGGCCCGGAACCUGAAGCGAGUGGCAGAGGUAUGGAUGGAUGAAUACGCAGAAUACAUCUACCAGCGCAGACCGGAGUACCGCCACCUCUCAGCUGGAGAUGUCGUGGCCCAGAAAAAGCUCCGAGUCUCCCUCAACUGUAAGAGCUUCAAGUGGUUUAUGACCAAAAUUGCCUGGGACCUGCCCAAGUUCUACCCACCCGUGGAACCCCCGGCUGCGGCAUGGGGGGAGAUUCGCAAUAUGGGCACAGGACUGUGCACAGACACGAAGCUUGGCACACUGGGCUCCCCACUGAGGCUCGAGACCUGCAUCCGGGGCCGAGGCGAGGCUGCUUGGAACAGUAUGCAGGUCUUUACCUUCACCUGGCGGGAGGACAUCCGGCCUGGAGACCCUCAGCACACCAAGAAGUUUUGCUUCGACGCUGUCUCCCACACCAGCCCAGUCACCCUCUACGACUGCCACAGCAUGAAGGGCAACCAGCUGUGGAAAUACCGCAAGGACAAGACGCUGUACCACCCUGUGAGCGGCAGCUGCAUGGACUGCAGCGAGAGUGACCACAGGGUCUUCAUGAACACCUGCAACCCCUCCUCCCUCACCCAGCAGUGGCUCUUUGAACAUACCAACUCGACGGUCUUAGAGAAUUUCAACAAGAACUGAGUCCUUAGACCUUGACAAACCCCUCAGGUUACUGUGGAGCUCAUAAACCUUCCUCCUGUGGGAGAAGAGGCAUCGGUGGGCACCAAGGUGCUGGGUUCUUGAAGGACUGACAUGGUGGGGCCUCGGGGAGAACAGACUGUACCAACAGUUCUCCAAGAAGGUGGAGCCUGCUAACAUCAUAGCAGAGCUCACCAGCCUGUCAGCAUGUUCCCUAAGUGUUAGGAAUCGCCUGGGCAGCCUUGAGCCAUGAGGUUGCCCUUGCAGACAGGACAGUGCCCUAGAAAGGAAGGUGGUAUCAACCUUGGGGCAGCUUAAGCCUGUGUGCUAGCUGCUGGCAAGGAAGUCUGCCUGUGCUUGGGGGAACUGCUAGGAUUGCCCAGCUUCUGUGUUCGUCCAGGACAAUGAGAGUCCGUUGGGACUUCCGAGUGCUCCAUAGCUAGCACUGGCCAGCAACCAGGCAAGGGACCCCUUCCUCUGCAGCCAGAUGUAAAGGAUGUCUCCCCUGGCUCUCUGGGUAUUUCAGAUACCCGUUCUAGUUUCAGGGCUACCUGGGCACCAGGUCGUCAGGGCUAGUUCAGCCGGCUAAGUAAACCUCCAGUCCGAACAGCUCCCAGCCAACGCUUCCAAAGCCCUUUCUCCGUGCUUUUCCUUGGCGGCUCCCUGCCUUGGAGAGGAACCGGUGCUGUGAGGUAUCACCUCCGGAGUCUCCUGGGGGGUGGCUUCCCCCAGAUAAUGACUGUUGUGGUUCCAACCUCACAGAACCCUGGAGUUUCUGGAAAGUGCUGUGGUUCUGUCAAAAGCAUAGAUGAGCCAUGCGUGUGUGGUCAUAUAACGCAAGCGGCCAGGUGUCAGGCAACCCCUGACCCAAGCAGAGGCAGUAGGGCACCAGAAGCUUUGGUCCAAUCCAAUGCCGUCACAGCCACAGCCUUGUGAGGUGUGAGGACAUCACCUUUAACCCCAUGUCUCAAACAAGAACUCACCUCCAAGGAGCUGGUCACUUGCCAGUGAAGAAACUGAGACAUGGUCCUGAGGCCAGAGCUCUGCCUUAGAGAUGCUGGGAGCGGGGUCACGGGUCCCCAGGUUGGUCGGGUUGGUGCUGUAGAGCCACCUCCACGUAGCCCCUGUGCUGUCACAGCUCACUUGUGGAUUUCUAGUGCCCUUUUCCAUAUGAGCACUCUGUCUGACAAGUGGCCGGCUGGGAAGGAGUCAAAAAGGGGAGUGGGUGGGUGUCCAGAAUCCAGCAGGGAUGCGUGUUGCAGCCAAGGGAAAUUGAGUCCUCAGAGAGCAAUGCGGCCUCGUUUCAAUAAAAACCGUGCCUUUUACAAAGAGAAAA